AUGGAAACAUUUGACAAAGCAUCCUAUAGCCUUACGGAGUACUCGAGGUUAUCAUCUCGCCGAUGGAAUUUUGAUUUUUCCUCCAAGUAAGUGGAGUUAGUACGUUUCAGAAGUUCCUCCAUUCCUGCUAUCUUUAACUUCAUUGUUGUCCAUUUGGCCUUCUAUGAUGCUCAGUUCGGAAGUUAGAGUUCAUUUGCCUGGGAUUGAAUAGUUGAUCUCUGAUUUUGUCCUUCCAGGAACCGGAUAGGCCUAAUGUCCGGCGUUGCUCUCGAGCCCUCUCAGCCCACCGGCUACGUGGAACGGUCUUUUCCGAACACAGUGGCUCGCGAUCAAGAUGACACUUUGACGGUGAAGCGCAGCUGGGACAUUGCUCUUGCCCCACUGCGACAAAUUCCCAUGAAUUUGUUGAUCAUGUGGAUGACCGGCAAUUCCAUAUCGAUCUUUCCGAUUAUGAUGGUGAUCAUGAUGUUUAUGCGACCGAUCCAGGCCAUCUUGUCCAUACAAGCAAGUAAGGCUAAGAAAUUUCCGCCGUAUAUUUUAUACAUCCCGUCGUUAACCGUUGUAAAGACAGCGUCCUACCUUUUUGUUGACUAGCUUUCAAGUUGAUUGAGGGCAGCCAAGCUCCAAUCCAGUGUCUCACCUACCUGUUUGGAAACUUGGUGAUGCUCGCUCUGGCAGUGUACAAAUGUCACAAUAUGGGAUUGCUACCAACCUACGCAUCCGAUUGGCUCUCCUUUGUCGAACCUGCUCAGGUAAUCAUGGUGGAAAGCCUAAAUAUUGUCAAAUUUUGUGACCAGUUCUCUCCCUGUAAUCGGGCCAACCCUGACUUUUCCCACAUAUGCAGUUAGGUUCUCCUUCCUCGAUUGUUCCUAUUUGAUAGUAUCACAUAUACUUUAAUUGGCCUUCAUCAGCACCAGAUUACAGAUUCCAGCUAAUAUGGCAACGAUCUGGAGCCGUCUAUUCACUGCUGUCUAAGAGGAAAACGCACAACCUGCUUUAAGUUGACGUAAACAGGACUAACUGACAGAGCAUUGUUUUGCCUUCUGCUGUUUUCAAAACAAACCGACUUCUGUUGUGUUGCUUCAAGUCGGUAAGGAGCUGAUCUAUCCCAUUUCUCGCUCAAGACGCCCUAUGCACAUAUGAAUUCAUCGCUUCCACCGGCACCUUGUAACAUAUACUGCAUCAGUUUAUUUUGCAAUGUAGGCCAUGUGAUUCCAGACCUGCACGCCGUAGCGCUCAUCUGUUUGAAGGUAUAUGAGAUAGUAUCCGUAUUAUCGUGCUUACACAGAAAUUGCGCAUAUCAAACGCAUACUGCUGGCGAUUGUCAACGUCAGGAGCAUAGGCCUGUCCAGGCAAACGGGGUACGGAUUUCGACGUAAAAUAAUGGGAGAUUGCGUUUUUAUUUCGCAAGUAUUUAGUUGGCUGCCUGCUCCCUCUCCCGGGUCGGCAAGUCGAGCGGCAGCAUGUGAGUUCGAAAGCCAAGUCUCUUCCCAACUUCCACGGAUUUUCCUGUCGAGGAAGCUCUGCGUUCUCGAGAUACGCCCCGUCACCCCAGCACGGCCACUUCGUUCCCGCACAUCCUAUUUUUCCACUGUUUCUAGGUCAAUCCGGUAGCUCUGUGAACAGCCCACCGUUUAAGGGUGAUGCCUCACGGGGGCUUGCCAACCUGAGAUGCGGAACAGGAGCUGUAUGCGGAGGAGGGUCCUGAUAUUUUAAGACAGAAAAUGCCCUAAUCGUCGUCACUUAUGGGGAGAUGACCACCGAGCAGGUGUUUUUUCAAAAUAAACUAUGUAACUAGACGACAAAUAGAACAUCUGGGGUUUGAGGCGCUGUCUUCCUAAAACAAAUUAGAACGAGUAUAAAAUUGCUAACGAGGCAGAUUAGGAGGGUAGUUAAAGAUAAAUGAUAUGAGCCUGUUUCACAGGGGACACACCUGACAGUUUGACCGACGAUGUCCACCGCGUGCUUUACAACAGGGUUAGAGUUGGCACGGCGACUUGUGCGCAAUUUAGUUUACAGUGGUAGUAGAUUUGCACGUCAUCUACUGCACCCGAGCUCGAUUUCAAGACGUAGCCAGAAAGGACGGAGGUGGGAGAGGGCGCAGGUGGCUGGCACGGCUGGACCCGCAGCUAGGGGUACCGCCACACUCCCUGGUCCGCAACAAACACUUGACCAGGAUUUUAACCAAAAACAAAAAGAAGUGGAAGGGUGACAGGAAUCUUAAUCACCGCAACGUGGCCGGCAAUUGGGCGUACCACCGCACCCCGAAUGUCGACGUUUGUUAUAGGUUCGCAUGCUGAACAAUGCCUGCUGGAGUCCAAUGUGGCCCCCGUGUUGACCUAGCGCAUCUACCGCAUAGCGCGCCCUUAUAUAACUACCCGGCAUGUGUCUUUUUAUAAAUUAUGUGGCUAGACGACAAAACAUCUGGGAUCUGAGGCGUUAUCUCCCAGAAAAAAUUGAAACAGGCAUAAAAUUGCCAAAAAAGGAGAUUGGGAGGGCGACAAACAAUAUGAGCCUGUUUAACAUGAGACACACCCUAUCUCCCUGGUUGCUAGGCCCACCCAUAUGGCCAACCUCACGCAGUUUUGUCCUUUUUUCAUCCAUGCCUAUUACGCUGUAAUCGUUCUAGUCUGUUUGCAUAACGACGUCCAAUGAUGUGGCUACACAGCGACCGUGUGCAGUUUAAUUAGAGAUCCUUGCUCUUGAUAACCUCACACUUGACCUCCCCCAAACUCACAGAGUCUUACGCUGAGGCCUGUUGUUUGUCCUGCAUGAGUCUAGUCCUAGCUGUUCCAGCCGUUUCAGUAGACCAAGCUUCGGGAGCCAGGACAAGGUACUGAUACACAGUGUUUCUCCUCAGUUCCUACAUUUCUAGUACCUGUCACGUCCGAUCCCUGAAAGUUGACUUGCAUGAUUAUGUAAACCAUCGCAGAAUACAAACUUUACCCAAUGUGCCCAGUUAUUGCUCAUUUUAUUAUGACCAACAUCAACGACAAACACGCACAUGUUCAUAAAAGGAAUUUUUGAUCGCCUUCAGUGUGGUUUCUUGACGAUCAUCUGUUGUGUCGCCAAGUUGGGUUUUUUGUAGGCCGGUUACACCCAGUGUUAAAAUGUAACAUGUUUGACUUUGCUUUUGAUAUAAGAAUCAAGACCAUAACUUUAUCUGGGCCGAUUUAACUUGACCCCCUACUUUUGCGAUUCCUGAAGAGGUGCCUCCGUGCAGUUUUCCACUCUAAGCAAUUAGCAUGCUACCUCUCCGCACCUAUCGACUUAUCAGUUUGUUGCAAUUGACGGAUGCAGAAGAAAACGAAAAUUCGGGUGUCACGGGCUUUUGGAGCGAGCAUAAUGCCGACCACUCGGCCAUUUUGUUGGCGAGUAAUCAGUCUGUCUUUGCCCUCUUUCCGGCCGGCUGGACUAGGUUUUCCCUACAUUCCUCUCACUUAAGUAAUAUGGUCAUUGGCAGGACAGGCGACGUCCAUUUCGAUUAUCUUCCACGCGUUUACAUUGUUUUGUAAAUGUAAUUCCACUUUUUCAGCGCGUCGAAUGGUCAGUUGGCGGGAUCUCCAUCGAAUGA